UGUUUGUUUGGCUAGCUGCUGCGUCAUAUAAGUAACAUUUUCUUUAUUAAUAUAUAUCAAUUUGUGAUGAGCAUUAUCAAUAUAUAAUAUUCCUCUACACUUCUAUAAAAAUUAAAUAAAAAUGCCAAGUUGCUGUACAUUUGGGUGCUCUAACCGUGUCAAAAACGGAUUAAAAAUUUAUAUGGCUCGAUUCCCAAGUGACCCAGUAAGAAAAAAAUCAUGGACUUUAAAUGUACAGAAAAUUAAUGGUAAAGAUUGGGAACCAACAAUUCAUUCAUUUAUAUGCGAGAUACAUUUUACACAUGAAAUGUGGGAGAAAGUUCGAAUAGAUAAAAAACGUAAAUUAAAGUGCAACGCUAUACCAGUAAUUUUUCCUCAAUUGAAAAGAAGUUACACAUGCACAACUACAAAUGAUGAAAGUAAUGAAUCUUUAGAGAAGCAACCUGAGGCAAUGUUGGAAACAUUUCACAAUGGAAAUGUUAAUAAGGAACAACACAAUUGUUUCAAAUCAAAUGUUCCUGAUGUUUCUCCAUCGACAUCAAAUGCACAAACAUUAAAUUUAUCUCCAGAGCUAUCAAAUUCUAACUAUCUCUCCACUUCUACUCAGAAAGAAAUGUACAACAAGAAAUUUGAUGAAGUUCAAUAUUUAAAGAAACAGUUGGAAGAAGCCAACAGAAAAAUUGAUUCAGCCAACAAACUUCUCUUGAAAAUUUAUCAAUCUAACAAUAUGUUAAAGAAACGUAUUAAGAGGAUGACUAGAAACAACUUUGAAAAUCGAAAUUAUGCAAAAUUAGAAUCAGCAAUUAAGCAAACGUUUACUGAUGACCAAAUAAAAGCUCUUAUACAUCCAUCUUUACGCAUCUGUAAAUGGUCCAAUAAUACCAUAAGAAAAGCACUCCGAUUGAGGAUUUCUUGCGGUUCUACGGGUUAUCAACAGUUACUGAAAGAAAAAAUACCUCUGCCGACCGAACGUACACUUCGAAGAAGACUGGAAAAUAUCGAAUUUGAAGAAGGGAUUUCUAAAGCCAUUUUUAAAUUGUUAGAAGACAAUAAGGUCGCUCAAUUUCAGGACAUUGGAGAAAGAGAUUGCAUUAGAUGAAAUGGCUAUUGCACCAGAUCAAAAAUUAGACUCAUCGACACAGUCGUAUUGUGGACUUGCAUCGUUUUG